AUGUACCUACUGAAGACAAUCCGGCUGACCACAUUUCACGCGGUUCUGCUCCCGAAGACGACGUCCAUCAGAAAUCUACUGAACCAGCUGGAAGAACUUCGUGUUCUCUUUCUGUCGCAACGGCAUCAGUCCGAGAUUUCCAGAGCAACAGCCCGAAUGGGAAUCGCUUUCCAUUUCAUCCCACCACGCUCACCCACCUUUGGAGGGUUGUGGGAAGCUUGCGUCAAGUCCGUGAAACAUCAUCUACAUCGCGUGACUCUUGAUGUCCUUCAGACGCAAGAGGAAAUGACCACUACGGUCGCACAAAUCGAAGCGUGCCUCAACUCCCGGCCGCUUACUCCCCGUUCCAACGAUCCCACAGACCUCGAGGCCCUAACUCCAGGCCAUUUCCUCGGUGGUCCAAUCCUUGCUCUUCCCGAACCAAACCUUACCUCACUACCCUCCAAUCACCUGUCCCGCUGGCAAGACCAACAGCGUGUUCUCCAAACGCUUUGGGAUCGCUGGUACGUCGAAUACUUGCCCACUCUACAGCGUCUUCAAAAAUGGCCCGGUAACACCCGAAUCUAG